UACCGAUUGAGUAAGGAAAUAAAGAUCUGUAUCCGUAUCCGCGGAUCUUGACACCAAAUAUCCGUAUUCGGAUACGUAUCCGCGGAUAUACAUUUUUAACGAUCCAGCACAUCACUAUUCAGAAUUAAACGCGCUUAGCUCGGCAAGUAGAAAAUAAUUCUCCCAAAGAGUAGUAUAAUAUCUUUCUUUCACAGAUCACUAUAAACUAGCCAGGGACACUGCUUUGACAGAUAAGAGAGUACGAUAUUGAUAUUAAAUUAGUCUGUGAUAUUAAGUAUUGAACUGUAAAUAAAGGAAUCGAUAUUGCAUUGAUUGCAUUUAUACAUGGAUAAAAUAAAUAUACCCUAUAAAAGAUACUAUAUUAACAAUGGGUUUAAAGAAGAAGAAAAAUGUAAUAAUUCUUACAUGUUGCAUGAUUGUAAGUUUUACACUUUACCAACUCUACUUUUUCCUCACUAUUACAUCUGAAGUAGCAAAUGGAAACAAAAUAAUAUCGGUAGUGGACCAUUCACAAAUAAGAGAACCGAAAAACGCACUUAAACGGUCGGAGCAAGAUAAAUAUAUAAACGAUAAUGGUAUCAUAAGAGGAAUUCAGUACUCAUCAGUAUUGAAAUACCGGGCUGAUUCUAAUAACGAAUUUAAGUGCUUAUAUUCCGAGCAGCGGAUACCCUUUGACUAUGUGAACGAUGAUUAUUGUGAUUGUGAAGACUCUACAGAUGAACCAAGUACCAGUGCUUGUGUUAAUGGUACUUUUUAUUGUGAUACCCAGUAUCCCGGGAAAAACAUUGUUUUAAAUACAGUCCCAUCAAAUAGAGUUAAUGAUGGAAUAUGUGAUUGUUGUGAUGGCUCUGAUGAAUGGCUGCAUAGCCACAAUGAAUUGAUAUUAUCUCAGAGCUCACAGAAACAUUAUAGACAUUAUGUUAAUAAAUGUUCUAGUAAUUGUUACAAAUAAAAUUAUAUCAUAAUAAUUUAUCAGUCUUACAUUUAAAUGUUGCUCUAAAGAUUUUUAUGUUUAUAAGUUUCUGAGCUAUAAAUAAUUUUUAACUGUUUUCUAAUAGUCUCAUAUGAAAAUUUCUUGUAAAUAUUUUUGAAAUAUAGAGAAUCUUAAUAAUUUAAAAGAGUUCAUAUCGCACCCCGGUGCGACACUGUCACUUUUGCAAAAAAUACAAAAAUUAGUUAAAUAUGUAAUAAUUGUCCUAAAGCCCCCUUUACUUGGUGCUAUAAUGUCUUCUAAAGACAUCGUUUU